AUUGCGCCCUAAGCAAGCCUCUGCUUCGGAGGGGGAGCCGUGGUGGAUCCAGCCAAGAAAGCGGUGCCGGGGCUUUAAAGGGCCGCCGGCUUCCUUCUGGGGGGCAGCGGCAGAAGCAAGAGGCGGAGCGGGGAGGUGUCCUUGGAUGGCAGGCAAAAGAUGGAUCCCGAGAUCACCAUCUUUUUCCAGUGUUUGUCUCCUGAGGGCAUCACGAAGGCUGAGGUCCGGGCCGAGCUGGCCCCGCUGUACGACCGCAAGUCGUUGCCCGACGACCAGGUCAAGAUCGAAAUGGCUUGGGCAGUGCGGCGCGAGCAGAAGCCGUGGCUCUUUGACGCUCCCAAAUUCCGGCUCCACUCGAUCGUGCUGGAAGGGGGCCUUUUGAUUUUCCGCCUCGGGCUCACCUGCUACAAGGACUUCGUGGGCACCAACCUGGCCGAGAGAGCCGCGCACCUCCAGGAGCAGGGCCGCGAGGACUUUGGGAACAGCCAGGCCUAUCUCGCGGAGCCUCUGGGGGUGGGUGCCAUGCUGCACACAGACGACGACAAAUUUGUCUUCCUGCGGCGGAGUCUGCGCGUCGGGGAGGCGCCUGGAAAGGUCGACGUUCCUGGGGGGCAUCCCGAACCACAGAUGGCAACAGGAGGUGCCGCACAGGAACCGAUCCGUCAUGAGUACCUUCCUGGAAAAUCCGUAGUUGAGGAGUUAUUCUCCUCUGUGCUGCGGGAGAUUGAGGACGAGGUGAACGUCAGGCCGUUCUCUCUGAGGAGUCCCGUGUUGCUGGGCAUCGCUCGCAACGAAACCAGCGCAGGCCGCUGCAGUGCCGAAUUCUACGUCAGGUGCGACCUGACGGCUGAGCAAGUGAGAGUCUUUUACGCUAUCGGGGGUGCGGAAGCCCAUGAAUCGACUGACAUCAUCUUCGUCGACAGAAAGGAGGUCCUAACGAUGAAGGAGAGCAGCGAAUUCUGGAAGGAGCUGUGUCCAUCCGCUAAAGGGGCCAUCAAGCUCUACACAGGGGUGAUGGGCCCAUGCCAGUGACGCUACCGCUGGCGAGAGGCGCUCGGAGGAAGUAGACACUCAGGGACUGCACAUGUGCGGCCGCAAGGUUGCCCAUUCUGCUUUGGCAGAGCAGGGCUUAUUAUGCCAGGAAUACAGAAAAUGGGUUGUUCGCAUACACGCUCCUGUCUUAGAAAGGAACUA